AUGGGAAACCCCGUGCAAAAGAUUCAGAGAAACCAAAAGAGACCUCUGGAAGAAGAGGAAUCAAAAGAAGACGAAACAUCAACCUUCACUUGCGAGAUAUGUAUCGAACCCAUGUUAUCAUCAUCAACCAAGAAAUUUAAGAACAACAACAAGUGUGUUCAUCCAUUCUGCACAGAUUGCAUGAUCAAGUACAUCCACCAAUUGAAGGUGGAGGAAAGCGUCGCUAACGUCCCAUUUCCGGCAUUGAAUUAUGAGCAGCUCUUAGAUCAUCUCUGUUGCAGGUCGAUGAUUCCAGCAAAACUGUUCCACAAGUGGUGCGAUGUGCUGUGCGAGUCGGCCAUUCUAGGGUUGGAAAGAUGUUACUACCCGAAUCGGAAUUGCUCGGCUCUGGUUGUAAACGAAUGUGGAGGGAAUGUUAAGAGAUCAGAGUGUCCCAAUUGCAAGAGGAUGUUCUGUUUCCAUUGGUUUGGUGGCCCGAAAUUGACUUGGCUUCGCCAAAAGGCCUCAUCUAUAGAAGCCCAGCUCGCUUUCCACCAUCUAUAA